CGCUUUGGGUCUAUUCCUUUCCUUUUUCCGUGUUCACUUAUACGGUUCUAUGUGACUUUUUUCGGUUUAGACACCUCGAAUUUGGGUUAAUAUGAGCAGCAUCUUACGAUUUAUCCGGUCCAAGUUUUAUCACGAACCCGAGGAGCAUGCCAUAGAACAAUAUGCGGUUUUCGAUGAGGGAAACCGCGGUGGAUUCACUUCUGACGUCGUAGCAUUUGACUACCACAACGGAUGUGUUGUAAUUGGAUCUAAAAACGGAGAAGUCACAUUUUACGGCUACCGAGGAGCUUCAUGGACAGUUAGCUUGAGCAAGGACAGUGAGAAUAAAGCGAGAAUCGAGCACAUUUUCUUCAUAUCCUCAAACAUUGCAUUGGUUCUUUGUGAUGGACAGCUGAUUAUCCCAAUUCAUAUCAAAGAUGGUGUAAUAACAAAAAAGGAGGAACUGCGAUUUAACGAAAAUCACAAAUCAAAAUGGGAUAUAACGCAUGUCCAAAAGUUAUCAGAUGACACAUUUGCCCUAGUUUUUUCCAUGAAUAACACAAUAUACCGAAUCAAAUCCAAAACCCUCAAAUCAGAAGUUCUCGUCAAAGCUGAAGAUUUUGAAAAAUGGCUGCCUGACGACACAGAGCUCGCCAGUAUAACCUGCUUACCGGAAAAGCCAUCAAUUUUGAUGCUCAUUGCGGAAAACGGUUGUGUUGGCGUAUUUAACGAAUCACAGUUUGUCAUGAAGACCAGUCUACGGAACUAUGAGGAUGAAGCUAUACAGAAACUUCACUGGAGUAGCGAGAAGAAGAAAAAUGUAGCUUUUGGCAUUUCUUGCAAUAAUAAAUACACAAAAUGGGAGUUUACAGUUGGAAAAGACUGUCAGAUAAGUGCUCAAGAAGUGAAUGUCUACAGUGCGAAUCAAUUUGGACCCUAUCCUUGCCAUCAAAUUCGACAUUUCUCUGUUUGUGCUGAUGCGUCGGAUCCUAACGAGAACUUCCUCAUCUACCAAGGAGGCAAAAGUUCUGGAAAGUACGACGAUAGAGAUCUGAUCACAAUUAGCCAUGGCGACUUUGUUGAAAAACUGGAGCUCUCAUCGGAAAUUGUAGGGAUUGUUGGUGUCAGUGGUAGUUACGAAGAUUGCAAGAAAAGUGGAGUGGUAUUAAUAUGCACAAAAUGCGAGAUCAUUGGAAUCGAUUUGGAAAGGGAGUCGUUGAAUAUGAUGCAGCCGAAACAUUUUCUUUCGAUUAAUAAUAGUACGCCAACUACCCACUCGAGAGCUAUUGAAAUUGAGGAAAAUGUAUGGAAUCGUCUUGAAUCGGCCAGCAAAUCCUAUUGGGAGACUAACCAGAUGUCAACCAGAGACUGGCCGUUGAACUUUCAAAAGAAGAUAGUCACCGACGCGAACCAUCAACGAGCUUCUUACCGACAAGUUUAUUUGAGUGGUCAUUCAAAUGGAAAUAUUUGUAUAUGGUCUUCCGGUGGAGUUGGAAUGUCCUUGAUGCUAGUUAUCCGCACUUCAUUGGAGUUUGACGGCGCAUCUAGUUUUGAUAACGAAGAUUCAAAUUACUACAAUAGCGACGAGAAACCUGAAAAACCAGUGCGCAAAAUUGGCCUCUAUGAUCCGUUUGAUGACGACGAAGAAAUGUGUAUCACCCGUGUGCACUUUGAUCCGAAAUCUGGAAUUGUGAUUGGAACGAAUCGAGGUGGCUAUGUACUAAUGUAUGAACUUUGGGAUUCUGCGAGAACUCUCACACAUUGGGAGGCCACACCGAUCAGCUGCAAUAAUUCUCCGCCAGACACGAGAAAACGAGCGCUAAAGCCUAGGAAAGCAGAAUUAAAGUACAAUGCGGGUUAUCAAAUACGGCUUAAAAACGAGAGUGAUCUACCGUUGGUGUUCUCAAUGCAUCCCAGCCACCGAAUCACCGAUAUUGUCUAUCUUCACAAGUAUCACUGCUUGGCAGUUGGAAGUAACUUUGGAAUUGUGAUGCUUGAUGUAAACUUUGGAUAUCUUGUCUAUGCGAAUUCAUUCAAUGAUGACAACAAUGAUUCAAGUAAUGUCAGUGCCAACCAAUUCCAACGAUUCAAAAGUCUCAAGAAGUCACUUCGAAAGACGUUCCGACGAAAAAAGAAGGGCACUGAAACAUUAAUGGAUUCAGGAGGUGCAGUGGCUUCAUCUUCAAAUCAUGUGCAGCAUGAGACAAGUCCAAAGCGAAUUGACGAUUUUGAAGAGGAAGAGGUGUUCAUGGAGAGACCAAUUGAAGCAAGGGAAGAGCUGGGAGUGCUGGAUUGCUAUGCUGAGAAUUCCAAAGGAACCGUAACAUGUCUCCGAAUGAUGCGCUUUCCGGUGCUCGACGACAAAAAUGUAGAUGACAUUAUAGCUGUGGGGCUCCACGAAGGCUCUGUCUACUUUUACGCAAUCAGCGAACAUGAUGUUGGACUAAGAAUGACGUUCAAAGCGGAACAGAUUAAGAAACUCUCGAUUCCUCACAAGCAACCGGUUGUUAAUCUAGAUAUCACAAAUGAGGAAGGAUAUUUCUCCGCAUCCACUCGAAUCGUCGUCAUCACCGAGGAGCAGCUGCGAAUCUAUAAUUGUCAGCCGAUGGUGAAACGCGACAGUUAUAAGAUCACUGCGCUGGAAGGGCUGAAGAUCAAAAAUGGAAUGGUGGCUAGGAUAUUGAAUAAAAAGAAUUCCAACAAUUUCGAAUCAUUUGUGGUUUUGGUAGCAAACGAUGGAAGUCUACGGGUUCAUUCUGUUCAAAAAGCUUCUUCAUUUGAGUCGAGGAAGUUUAUAGACCCAAUCGACGUAAUGGCACUAAACUCGAGUUGUUUAUCACGUGAUGGUGACGUGGCAUUCCUCAUCAAAUCCUCCGAACUACAGCGAAGUACGGUGAAUUUGAACUUUCGCGGUUGGAGCAGUACGCACAAGUCAUAGAUGCAUUUUUUUUAAAAAUCGUUUUCCUGUUGAUAUAUAUUAAUUUUGUUUGAAAUGGUGGUUUUUUUUAAACUUUAUUAUGUUAUUUAUUUGCCCUCGGUCUUUGCCUUUUUUGUCAAUAUAUACGUUGCGUAUGAAAAACUAAUUUUAAACGAUUUUUAAUUUUUGAAACAUGCUACACUAUUGCAGGCGAUUAGAGAAAAUGGAAAAAUUCGUAUUUUUUGUACGUUUGGAAAAAUUGAAGAAUCUAUAAUUUCUAGGAGAGUGUUUCUUUAAUACCUAUCAAAUCUAAUUUUUAAAAAUAAAACUUUAAAGAUUGUCAAUAGUUGCCUCUUCAAAAUUACUAGAUGCCUGUACAUAACUCCCUUCCAGAUCGAUCUCCAAUUUUCAAAACUUCAAGAACGGGAAGUCCCGAUAUUACUGUAAACUACAAAAAUGCCUUGCUUACGUGACAAUUGCAAAGGUUUUGUCUGAUAAGAUAAGAUAUUAGUCGACUAACGCCAUCAGUUUCACAUCAGAUGACGUCAUUUCCAAACCACGCCCCUUUGUAACGGUAACUUGUGAUAACACUAAUCACCUAAUAAAUACUGAAUCUGAUCAGUUGGAUUUCGAACUUCUAAAAGUUUAAAUGUUCAACCUAACAAACAAAAAAUUAUUUCCAAAAGAAGAAAAAACCAGAAUCUCACGUGGCAGACAUAGACAUACAGUUUAUUUUUCGCAAUGCUUUGCCGAUCUUUUUCCGAUUCUAUCUUUUUUCUCUUGUUUCCACUCAUUAAGUGUCACUAUUAAUUCAAUCUGUCGUCGUUUUCAUAUUUUCUUUCACAAAGUAUCUCCUUCUCCCUUAACUGUUAACGAUGGUCGAUUAGCGAUUUCUUAUUGUAAAUGACUGGUUUUGUCACGUUGUGUUCCCCUUCGCAUUUCGCCGUUACUUGUAUGUGUGACUACUGUAAUUGUAACUGAUAACAUUUUAUUAUAAAGUU